CGCGGCCUCGAAAGCGAGCUCGCCAUCACAUUUAUAAUCGCCAACCUCGUACGACAACUUAAACCCAAACCCUAGACCAGUCCUUAAUCAAAUUUUGGCAUAUCUCAGUUUCUUGUGAUGGCAUUAAAGAGGAUUCAGAAGGAGCUGAAGGACUUGCAAAAGGACCCUCCUGCAUCUUGCAGUGCUGGCCCUGUUGGUGCCGACAUGUUCCAUUGGCAAGCAACAAUUAUGGGUCCGUCGGAUAGCCCAUUUGCAGGGGGGGUGUUUCUUGUUUCCAUUCAUUUCCCACCAGAUUACCCUUUCAAGCCACCACAGGUAUCUUUUCGUACCAAGGUAUAUCAUCCAAAUAUAAACGACAAUGGUAGCAUCUGUCUUGACAUCCUGAAAGAUCAAUGGAGCCCAGCCCUUACCAUCUCCAAGGUUCUGCUUUCAAUUUGUUCGUUGUUGACAGACCCAAACCCUGAUGAUCCUCUAGUGCCUGAAAUUGCUCAUAUGUGCAAGAACCACAGGGCCCAGUAUGAGACAACUGCCCGAACUUGGACCCAGAAAUAUGCCAUGGGUUAGAAACCAAUUAGAAGUUGUUGAAUAUGAAUGUGAAUGCUUAUAUGCUUCCUACCUAUAUAUAUAUUCUUGAAAUAAUUUAGGAACUUGUUUAA